GUACCGGUACUCGUACCCGUCUUGGCAACUGUCAGAAGGUGCGGGUACGGUACGUACCGUGCCAAAUGCCUGCUGCCUGCAUGCGGAUAAGUUAAGUUACGCGAUAACCUUAUCCCCACGUCGGUGUCCCGCUUAUCGUAGCCCCUCCCUCCUUGCAACUCCACAUCACACCAGACCGCACCAUACAAAACCUGACGCUGAAAAGGAAACCCGUCCACAAAUUUGCACGCGCUAUGGAACCAACUCAAGUUCUACCUCUGUUAACCCUCGGGAGAACCGAUCUCCUGUCUGCCGCCACUAAGAUAGAAUGCUUGGACCUGGACCCUCAGGACUGCGAGCAUCAUGCGCUAUUUCGGGACGUUCCUCUACCGAAUCUUCAAUCGAUUACCAUCGAUUCCUCCGAAGCUAAUUCUUCCGGACGGGUUCUGGAACCGUAUCUUCAGCCGAGGCUCCGCGUCUUCGAGUUCUUUGGGGGUGUGCUGGAUGACGAGUUCCUGAGCGAUUUAGCUGUGAGUGUCCGGGAUAAAUAGUAGACUGGAGAAGGGCUAACGGACGAGUGAGGUAGGGAAAAUGUCCACUUUUGGAAGAAGUCCUCAUAGAUAAUCCACGCGAUGUGGUUACGCCGGCAGGUUUUUUGCGUUUCCUGGAGGGAGCGAAGCGGUUGAAGAGAGUUGUGCUCAUGUACGGCAUGGAAAGAUUGAUAACAAAGGAGGUGUUUUGCGAGCUAUCCUCACGGCGGAGCUUAGAAAUCUUGGGGAUGGGCGGGGUGGUCAGCGAGGACUUUGUCGUAUCCGCACGAGCGCACACCGGAGGAGAAGAUCUAUUCCCGGGUUUGGUCGGUUUGACGUGCACCGUGUCUGCCGCCGGAAUGCUCCUUCUGUCCGGGGACCUGAGAAUACUGGCAAGGGCGGAGAUCAUACUUGUGGACCCUGCGGAGAACUUUCUGGAAAGGUUUUCCAAAACUUGUCCAGAGUUGGAGUAUCUUUGUGUAACAUACACCUCCUCACCUUCCCACAUCGAGAUACCACCAGGAGAGAUCCUCGUUGUACCACGCAACCUGCAGAGGUUAACACAUCUGAGUGUAACCGGAAUGAUAACUUCACCAUCCCUCCAGGACCAACAUAUAGCAACCUUUGUGCACGAAUUCCCAGACACAGUUAAAGUGCUAAGACUCGGGUUUCAUGAGACACGACUUACGGAGAAAUCGUUGGUUGAUCUGGGACAGCGUCUGGGUAGUGCGCUUGUUGAGUGCGAGCUUGUGGGGAAGUUUGAGAUUGCGAGACUCGGAGACCUAGUACUGUUUCCAGUCUUGAAAGAGCUGUCUCUGAAAGAUGUGGUAGAUUGGAAGGAGAUGGGGCAGAGGGACGAGAUUGUGAAGGGAUGGGCCCCUGUGGUUGAGGAAAUACUGUUUGGGGAUUUCGAGUGAUGUGCAAAAGGAGCGGAUUUGAGAGUGUCCUCGGGAAGUUGGGCAAGGCGGAGGGUGAGAUGUGCAGCUAUUGGAAUAUUCCAUAGAACAUCUGAAAAGUUUUCUGAU